AUGCCAGCUGCAACUGCGCGCCCAGCGCCAUCGCUGGGCACAUUCCUCAAAGACCUCAAAUCACAAAAUGUCGACAAAUCAAUAGAGCUUCUGGUAUCGCUCCUCAAGCGACGACAAAUUCGCAACUCACGACCAUGCGCCAUCGCCACCGCACGUCUGCUCCUCCAGGUCGUAGCCCAACGAAGAUGGCAAAAUCCACAGGAACUCAUCAGACGCAUCCGGGAAGUCGGCCAUAAACUCGUGACCGCUCAGCCACGCGAGAUGGCAGUAGGUAACAUCACCAGACGAACUCUCGGCCUCGUGCGGGAAGUCGUCGAGGAAGAUGAAGAUCCGGAUCAGGGCGGUGCAGGCGCGGGAGAAGGCUUGCCCAGUCCAGCAGUGACCGCAGAGCCCGUCCGACCUUCUCUGCAUACCAACCUCUCCAGCUUCAGUCCGCUUCAUCAUGGGGCUGCUCUACCACAGACUGCACAGACACAGCCCAGCGUCGCGUCUUCCCCUUCGCUGGACGGCAAGGCAGACAGUUCUCCCCGAAGACCCCACAUGCAAAGCGGCGGAGCUUCCUACGUAGGACAAGGUCCCGAUGGCAUUUCGCUCUUCGGUCUUUUCCAGCCAUCAGCCGCCGGCACGCCCAUGGGAAGCACUUCCCAAGCAGGCUCUGGCACAGCAUCUCCAGUCCCUAAAGCCGGAAAGAAGAUUCCAGACGAAGUCAAGGAGAAAUUAGACAUCAAGGCCGAGGUGAUUGAAGGCAUCAAAGACAUACUGGACGAGCUCGAUUCUGUCGACAGUCAGAUAGCCGAGUCUGCGCUCGAUCACAUCCACAACAACGAGAUCAUCCUUACACACACCUCCUCGCAGACGGUGCAGAGAUUCUUGACGACUGCGGCGCGAAAGCGAAAGUUUACCGUCAUCCACGCGGAGGCGUAUCCGAACGACCACGAGACAACUCACGCCAUGAUUGUGAAUGGCGGAGUGAGGGCAGGGGAUGAGGAAGAAGGAGAUGAGAGAUGGAAGCCUCUGACAGCAAUGGGCAUUCAAGUCAUUCUCAUCCCCGACUCGGCAGUGUUUGCGCUCAUGUCACGAAUCAACAAAGUCAUACUCGCACCGCACACCGUCCUCGCAAACGGCAGCCUGAUCGCCGCAGCAGGCGCGAGCACAAUUGCGCAAGCCGCAAAAGCACAUCACGUGCCCGUGGUCGUGCUCAGCGGCGUCUACAAACUCAGUCCCGUCUACCCCUUCGACAACGAAGACCUCAUCGAAUACGGCGAUCCAAGCAAGGUGGUAGCGUAUGAAGAAGGCGAUUUCAUCGACAAGGUAGACGUCAUCAAUCCGCUGUACGAUCAUGUCGACGCGGAACUCGUCGACCUGUACAUCACCAACCUUGGCGGCCAUGCGCCCAGCUACUUGUACAAGAUCGUAGCAGAUCAUUAUCGCACCGAGGACAUCGACUUGGCGAGUGCUUAG